UCAGUUUCUCUAUUACAGGAGAGACUUGAAAGGAAAUGGCUCCGAAAAAGAAGACACAAAACAAGAACAACGCCAAAGCGUCCUCAACUUCCAAAGCCAAAUCACAAUCCUCCUCCUCCUCGGCGUCCGGUCCACGGCUCCAGAUAUCGACCGAGAACGAGAACCGGCUGCGUCGACUCUUACUCAACUCCGGCCGUCCCGCCCAGCAAUCAGCGACUCCAGUUGUUGAAGAAAGUACUCUCUCGAAGUCACAAAAGGCCAAGAAGCUCAAGGCCGUUUACGAGAAGCUCUCUUGCGAAGGCUUUUCCAACGAUCAAAUUGAGCUAGCCCUUUCUACUCUUAAAGAUAAGGCUACAUUCGAGGAUGCUCUUGAUUGGUUAUGCUUAAAUUUACCGAGCAAUGAGCUUCCUCUGAAGUUUUCAAGCGGGACUUCUGUGCAUAAUGGAGGUGGUUCUGUUAAUGUGAUAUCUACUGCUCGGGAAGAUUGGACUCCUUCCUCGGAACCAUCUAGCAAGAGCACAGGUGAAGUGCAAGGCAUUUCUGUUAGAAUCAAGGGGCACCGGUAUGAUGAUAGUCUUGAUUCUUUCCAACCGUCUCAAGCAGAUUGGAUCCGACAGUAUGUUGAACAAAAUGAAGAGGAUGAAACCAGAACAUGGGAGGAUGAUGAAGUUUACCACAGAUUUACAAGUGAGGUCUCUGAACCAAGGUCCUAUGAUGCUAUUGCGGAAGAGUACCUUGCAGCACGGUUGGAAGCCACAAAAGCCAAAGAAAAAGGUGACAAGAAACGGCAGGAACAAGCAGGCCACAUCAUUCGGAAACUCAAACAAGAGUUGUCUGCUUUAGGACUAUCAGAUGAUGUGCUGGCAUACGAUUUUGCAAACGAACUUGCUUCUGCAAACACAUCUGCUCAUUUGAUGCCUCACGAACAUUCAGAAGAAGCAACUUCGGACGACACUGCAGAAGCUGAUUCAGCCUUGACAGUGCUUGCAGAUGAUUUAGUAAUUGAUGGAAAUGAUCUGGAGUGCUGCAGCUCCAAGGAGUUCCAGGAAAGUCCUAAUCCACCUCUUCCACAGAAAGGAGUUUCAGAAGAGUCAGCAGAUGUGGAACUUGGUGAUUUCUUUUCAGAAGAUGCUUCAUUAAAUGAAGCUUCAACUUCUCAAGUCAUGAAAUUGCAAAAGAAAGAAAAAAUGAAGGAGUUGUGUAGCGAGAAGAAUUUAGAGAAAUUAAAUGGCAUUUGGAAGAAGGGGGACCCACAGAAGAUUCCAAAGGCACUUCUUCAACAAUUGUGUCAAAGAUCAGAAUGGGAUGCCCCAAAAUUCAAUAAAGAGCUCACAAUGGCAAAUAAUUCCAUUUACACUGUAAGUGUAUUACGAAAAGCUAGUGGAAGAGGAAAGAAUAGAAAAGCUGGGGGUUUAGUCACUCUUAAGCUUCCUAAUAAGGAUGCAACUUUUGAGUCUGCUGAGGAUGCACAGAAUGGAGUUGCGGCAUAUGCUCUCCAUCACUUGUUCCAUGAUCUUCCUGUCCAGUUGAUACUAACUGAGCCUUACGCUUCACUUGUUUUACAAUGGAAAGAAGGGGAAUCGUCUGAGAGAUUUGAAGACACAGAGGAAGAUCGACGGGCGGGUUUUGUUGAUCGGUUGUUGCAUGCAGAUGGUUCAACUGCACUUGGUGAUGCUAGUACUAGCACUCUUUUAAAAGCCAUCGAAAAUAUUCAUGUCAACAGCAGUGAAAUUUUGAAUGUUGGUGUUGCUGUUCCAAUAGAUAAAAGAAUUAACGAUACUGCAGAAAUUGAAAGUGCUUAUCUGAGACGGGAACAAGAGCGUAAGAGGAAUAUACAGAAAUACAAGGAAAUGUUGAAAAAUAGAGCUGCGCUCCCUAUCGCUGGGUUAAAGGGUGAUAUCUUGCAAUUAUUGAAGGAAACUAAUGUUCUUGUUGUUUGUGGUGAAACUGGUUCUGGAAAGACAACUCAGGUUCCACAACUUAUAUUGGAUGAUAUGAUUGAGUCUGGACGUGGUGGAUAUUGUAACAUCAUAUGCACUCAACCAAGGAGAAUAGCGGCUAUUUCUGUGGCUGAGCGAGUUGCUGAUGAACGCUGUGAAACUUCGCCAGGCUCAGACGAUUCUUUGGUUGGUUAUCAAGUUCGUCUUGAUAGUGCAAGAAAUGUGAAAACCAAGCUUCUCUUUUGUACAACUGGUAUUCUUCUCAGGAAGAUUGCGGGAGACAAGAACUUAACAGGUGUUACACAUGUUAUAGUAGAUGAAGUGCAUGAACGGUCUCUUUUGGGUGAUUUUUUACUUAUCGUUUUGAAGAAUCUGAUUGAGAAGCAAUUGUCCCACGGCACACCAAAACUGAAAGUUAUUCUUAUGUCUGCAACUGUUGAUUCCAAUUUGUUUUCAAGCUACUUUGGCCACUGCCCUGUUCUUACUGCACAAGGCCGUACACAUCCUGUUACAACUUACUUUCUUGAAGAUAUAUAUGAAACUAUCAAGUAUCGUUUGGCUUCAGAUUCUCCAGCUGCUAUAAGAUAUGAAACAUCCUCACAGGAUAAGAGCGGCCAUGUGAACAACCGCAGGGGUAAGAAGAAUCUUGUCUUAUCAGCAUGGGGUGAUGAUUCUGUGCUUUCGGAAGAAUGUGUUAACCCACACUUUGUUUCAAACAUUUACCAAUCAUACAGCGAGCAAACACAACGAAAUUUGAAAAGAUUGAAUGAAGAUGUCAUUGACUAUGAUCUUCUUGAAGACCUUGUAUGUCACAUUGAUAAAACUUGCAGUGAGGGUGCCAUACUUAUCUUCUUGCCUGGACUGGCAGAAAUUCAUAUGUUACUGGAUAGGUUAGCUGCAUCUUAUCAAUUUGGUGGACCUUCUGCUGAUUGGAUUCUUCCUUUGCAUUCAUCUUUAGCAUCAGUUGACCAGAAAAAAGCAUUUUUACGACCUCCUGAAAACAUACGUAAGGUCAUUGUAGCUACAAACAUUGCAGAGACCAGUAUUACAAUCGACGAUGUUGUUUAUGUGAUUGACUGUGGAAAGCAGAAGGAAAAUCGGUAUAAUCCACAAAAGAAAUUAUCAAGCAUGGUUGAAGAUUGGAUAUCUCAAGCAAAUGCUAGGCAACGACGAGGACGAGCAGGACGUGUAAAGCCUGGAAUUUGCUUUUGCUUGUAUACAUGCCAUAGAUUCGAGAAACUCAUGCGUCCCUAUCAGCUUCCAGAGAUGCUUCGGAUGCCUUUAGUAGAGUUGUGCUUACAAAUUAAGCUACUUUCUCUGGGUGACAUAAAGCCAUUCUUAUCCGGGGCUUUAGAACCCCCGAGGGAUGAGGCCGUAACAUCCGCAAUUUCCUUAUUAUAUGAGGUUGGUGCUUUAGAGGGGAAUGAGGAGUUGACACCUCUUGGGCAUCAUCUAGCGAAACUUCCUGUUGAUUUAUUGAUUGGAAAGAUGAUGCUGUACGGGGGAAUAUUUGGUUGCUUGUCACCUGUUCUGUCAAUUUCGGCGUUUCUCAGCUAUAAAUCACCAUUUGUAUAUCCGAAAGACGAGAGGCAAAAUGUAGAAAGAGCAAAGUUGUCUCUGUUGACUGAUAAGCCAGGUGGUUCAAAUGAAUUCGAUGACCAUUAUAGGCAAUCUGACCACCUUGUAAUGAUGGUUGCCUACAAGAAAUGGGAGAAGAUUUUACGUGAGGGUGGAGUUAAAGCUGCACAACAGUUUUGCAAAUCAUAUUUUUUAAGUAGUUCAGUGAUGUAUAUGAUAAGAGACAUGCGAAAACAGUUUGGAACAUUGCUAGCAGACAUUGGGCUCAUCAAUCUCCCUAAAAGUUAUCAGAUUGGGGGCAAAAAGAAGGAGGAUCUUGACAGCAUUUUGUCUGAUAUAUCGCAGCCAUUCAAUAGGUAUUCACAUCAUUCCUCAGUUGUGAAGGCAAUAUUGUGUGCUGGUUUAUAUCCCAAUGUGGCUGCCACAGAACAAGGUAUUACUACUGCACCUUUGAACAACCUGAAGCGGUCUACUAGUACUUUCACAAAGGGUUAUCCUGUCUGGUACGAUGGGAGACGAGAGGUUCAUAUUCACCAUUCUUCAGUUAACAGCAACUUGAAAGCACUUAAGCAUCCAUUCCUUGUCUACCUUGAAAAGGUUGAAACCAACAAAGUGUUCCUGCGAGAUACUUCCAUCAUCUCUCCUUUCUCUAUCUUGAUGUUUGGUGGUUCCAUUAGCAUUCAACAUCAGACUGGGCUGGUAACUGUAGAUGGAUGGUUGAAGUUGACAGCAUCAGCACAAACGGCUGUCUUGUUUAAGGAACUACGGUCUACUCUUCAUUCUAUUUUGAAAGAGCUGAUCAAGAAGCCUGAGAAUUCUAUCAUUGUUGACAACGAGUUUGUAAGGUCUAUGGUCCAUUUGUUAUUAGAAGAAGAAAAACAUGUUGACAAGUCUUAAGUGUCAAGGUAUACAAGUGUCCAAGCACUUCAAAAUGUACACGGCAUGGUACAGCGUAUUAUGGCAGCCUUCCUGGUAACGCUCAUACUUCAUUCCAUUUGGACUUAUCGGAAUAUGCUUGGCUUAGGUUCAUGAACCCUUCGGCAACUAGUCACUUGUUGCAAUGGAAGAAUUCAAGUAUCUCAUAACUAACAUGAAGGCUAUGGUUAACACAAUGUGCGCAAUCCGUUGGUUACAGGGUUACACCUUUGGAUUUGACAGGGGUGCAAGGUUAUGUUAUAUUUUGAGCGAAGACAACCUUUGUUUUUUUUCUCUGGAUGAAAAGCUGGGGUUAUUCUUUGUUGAUCUUACUGCCAGGGAACAUUUACACAUACAAUGCCUCUAAACACCCGACUAGACCCGGAUUGCAUUUAUACCUGUGAGAAGCAAAAUAAUACACAUUUUUUUUUGUCCUCAUUUGCAAGAUGAUUAUAUUUACUUUGAAUUUCACAUUAUCAAUGCUAGCUUGAGCAACCAUUUUACUCUCUU